AUGACGAUGCGGUACUUAGACUAUACACUAAAGAAGAUUGGUAAUGGGCGAUUCGGAAAAGCUUUUGAAAUCGUUGAACAUAAACCCCCAGCAGUCAUCAAAUUUAUGAUCUGCUCCAGUGAGGAGAAUCUAUUGAUUUUCACAAAAGAAUGUGAAAUUCUGGCCAAACUGAGGCAUCCAAAUAUCAUUCAAAUGCUAAGCAAGCACGUCUCGGGUGGGAAAAAUUUUGGGAUCAUUACGGAAUUCUGUGAAAGGGGAACUCUGAGAAAUGCAAUAUUUCAUCCACAAAUUGUUUAUACGAUGAAAUGCGCUCUUUUAUGGGCCGAACAGCUUUUUGAUGCUAGUCGUUACAUGUUUGAGGAACAUCACGUGAUUCAUCGAGAUAUUUCUCCGUCAAACAUUUUCGUCACCAAAGCGUUUACGCUGAAAAUCGGUGACUUUGGAUGUGGCAAAAGCGUGGAUCAAACUCAAUCGGGUUCUUAUGUGGGAACCGCGCGGUACAUGAGUCCGCCACCAUUCAAUCAAUUGAUAGCUGUAGAAGAGCAAAUCAAAAAUAGUCAACUGUCCUCACAUCGAAAUGAUGUUUAUGGUUUGGGCCUUGUUUUGUGGAUGAUUUUCGAAAGGAGACUUGUGUUUUCCGAUUACGGGAAAGAGGGAAAGUUCUCGAGGGAUAUCUUUUUGACGGAUGUUAUUCUGCAAAGGCUUUUAAAUUUGGAGCUAUCCGAGUGUCAGGGAGAGAUUCAGAAUCUCGUGAAAAAUUGCACUAAUUUUGAUUACUCAAAAAGACCCAAAGCCACUGAUGUCUGCCAGCAUUUGGAAACGAUCAAAAAGACCCACCACUUUCUAAUGGGUUUAGAUGAUUUGCCAACAAUCGAAACUGCUCAAAGAGAACUUCUAAGACCGAUAGGCGCAAUGCAAAGGCUGCUCAACUCAAGAAAUGGAAUAAAAGAGAUAGAUUCGAUUCUCGAAAGAUCGGAUGGACUAUUCUUUGAAGAACGAUUAUGUGAAGCAUUUUAUGUCAAAUUUCAAGAAUCUACUGACAUAGAAAAACAGGAGUUUCAGAAAAGAAUUGACGUUAUUCUCUCAAUGAAAAAGGGUGAAACAAGACAAUUUGAAGAGAGAUGCGAAUUGUGGAAAGAGUUGCAAGGAUCCAAGCAAGCAUUGCUCGAUGGGAAGCUGACCGGUUUGGAUGAGAUUUUUAAGAUGAUUAUUUUAAGUGAUUUCUAUCGACAAAUGAACUUGAUUGACUUGAGCUUUUAUGUGCUUCAACGGGCUGAUCGCCACUCAUUAAUCCCUUGGGUGAGAGAGACAGAGCUAGCACUGUGCAUCGAAGACCUUGAAGAGCACGAGCGCACUCGUUACUCAACCAAAAUCUUCUUUGAAUCUUUCAUUUCAAGUGUGAAUCGUCAAGAAUGGUUUCUGUUGGAAAAGGACAAAAAACAAAGUGUUUUUUUCAAAAGAGAUCUCACCGAAGUGGUCGAUUUUGAGGGUGAAUGGGCCACGGAAAAUCGUCACAAGCAGACGAUUUUCCGGACACAAACCAAAUCAAAGCAAGCACAGAACUCGAUCGGUGAUGAGUUGAUCUAUUCACAGUUGAAAGCAUUUGAUGCACUCACAAUCAUUGACUGUUUGAAGGAAACGCAAGCGCUUUCCCGUAAAAUCACCCAAUACACAAUUGCACGCUUUGUUCAGCUAGAUGAGAGUGCCAUUGAAAUAAAGGCUGCGAUAGUGCUUUCCUAUGAGAAGACGUGC